CGAUUUUUUUUUUUUUGCAUUUUCUUAAAGUAUAAUAUUUUUAAAAUAUUGUGUGAAAAUUUGAAGUGAAUCCGACAAAUUCUUUUCGAGUUAUUUAACAAUGACCAAAGGACGCUCGGGUGCUACGUGGCAUUCGAGAGCAGGUAGCUAGAAACAGCUGCAAGCAACCGACCUUUCGGGUUUCAUUGCCAUGAAUAUCUCCCCAUUUUAAUGUAGUACAAGAACUGAAAAAUAAUUUUUGGUUGCCAGUAUACCUGUAGUCGUUGCACUGAUCAGUCGAUAGUUUUGUGAUAAAUUAUUUCUCAAGUGAAUUAAAUUAUUAACCAUGGGACGUGAUUCUAGAAAGGUUUCAAGAGAACUUCGGAGUUCUGAAAAAAUUAAUAAGUCGCGUUCAGUCAAAAGAAAGAAUGUUUUUAAUCCGAAAACAGCCGAAAGUGAUGAAAGUAUUCAGAGUACAUCUUCUAAAAAAUUAAAACAAAACACUGAAGAUGAUGUACCUGAAGACAGCAGUACUGAAUUUCGAAUAAUAAAUUUGAUGAAAUUCGAGUGAUGAAAAACCGAAUCAUGAUAUGUGUCCAAAAGGCGAAGAAUCUUGGUGCUCUUACCAGCGCGCUGAAGCAAGAGGAGAGCUUGAUACCUAUUCUCACGAUUAUUCUCCCUUACCUUCUGAUGUUUUAAAAGCUAUCAAGCCUAUAUACGAAGGUCUUAGUAAUGAAAAUUUACUUUCAAGAUGUGUAGGUGGAUUCAAUCAGAAUAAUAAUGAAAGCUUUAACCAACUAGUAUGGAAAAUAUGCCCAAAAACGGUAAAUACUAGUUUUACUGUCGUACAAAUAGCUGCAUACGUUGCUAUGUGUAUAUUUAAUGAGGGUAUAAAUUCAUUAUUAGUCUUGAUGAAUACACUAGGACUUAAUUGUGGGCCUAAUUCUCAUCGGUAUGCAGAAAGAAUGGAUGCUGCACGUAUCAAAGUAGCAGAUAAGCGCGCUAAUGAUAACACCCGAGAAGGUCGAUUGCAACGUAGGCACCAGCAAAUCAAUAUUUUGGAAGCUGCUAUGACGGCUGAAGAGCUAUUAUAUGGUCCAGGAAUAGAUGACUCAGUAUGAAUCUCCAAGGACUUAUGAUGAUCACCGCAAAGGACUUCGGGAGGAACGGGCUCUACAAAAACAGCGAUAACUUUUUGAAUUAUUAAUUUUUUUUUUUGAAAUUUUCGUGAAGUCAAAUCGAAACGUGUUCUAAUAAAGCUAUGUUUUUAUUUUUGUCAAAUAAAGUAAUUAACUACAAAAAAAAAAUUAUUGAAAAUCAUCAUUUUUUCAGGCCUCUGAGUACCCCU